AUGGCUUGCUCAACCUUUGCACAACAUUUCUCCAUUUUACAGACAAAGCAAGAGAAAAUGUAGUGACAGCGGAUGUUAAAUGUGAGAGUGGACACACAGCAGGUGAAGCUACAGGGAUCUACAUAGACAGGUGACCAGCCUAAUUUCACUGGAGCUAGAGGACUCAUAUUUCCACUCAUACAUGGGAUGAUAAUGCUGCCAUCAGUCUUCACUUGUUACUGAACCGAGGAGUCCCAUCACUCAACCUCGCCACCUAGUGGAGCUGUGAAGGUUAACUUCCCUCUUGGUCAACAGAAAUCUUCCACACAAGUACCUCCCUCAUCUGGGGAGAUGCCUGCUCUGCAACAUUUCCCUCAGAUCUCAUUUAUUUUUAACCUGCUGAAAACAAUAUAACACUAACUAGCUUUGCACAUCACCAAACAUUGAUGGAUGAAGGCAUCAGAACAUCCUUUCAACAGUCUGCUGGAUCUUGUAGAAAGAGUGGACUCUUCACUCACAGGUCACAGAAGCUGUUCUUCAUCUGACAUGUGGGUGAUAAUACUCCGAUGAUCCAUGGCUUCACACUAGAGUUAAUCGUGCCCCGAAGCAAGAAACAGGUCUCAUCCAACAAGAAGCAAAUUAAGCCACACAGGAGAAGUCACUCUCACUCACUCACUCACUCAUUCUCAAAAGAGACUACAGAAACACGAGCAAAGCCAGAUGGAACUAUCAUCAAAUGGCACAGUCUCUACAGCUACACCAACAGCAGCACAAAAUGACACUUUGAGAGACCAGCCAGGCAAACAUACCAAUCACAACUGGGAGUUCUUGGUGGCUGUCUUGGUCACUGCCAUCUCUAUCUCCAUUCUCAUUGCCCUUCUGGCUAAAUGCCAGGUGAUUCGACGCUACCUGGCCAGCUACCGGCACACACGGCUGAGUGAGGCAGACACUGUCAGCCAGUGUGACCCGGCGUCAGUGCCUCGAGGCCUAGAGAUGGAGUAUCCCAUGCACGUUGGGCUUCGAUGGGAAACUCACUGUGUCCCUCCUGUGACCGAGGAAGAUGAUGACGGCUUCAUUGAGGACAACUACAUCCCGGCCAGCGAGAGAGCGAGGGCUGAGAGAGCAGCGGAGAACAUGGUGGACACUGAAGAAGAGAUGGAUGAGAUUGAAUUUAGCAUCGCUUAGCAGGAGUGCGUGUACACCUGCUCGACUGAACCACCGAUUCCACUCCCACCUUUUCUUCACUUUCCUGUUUAUUUGAGCGAUGUUCCUAUUGACAGUCACAAAAUUUGCACUUUGUAAACACUGAUUGAGUUUAGGAAAGUGCAAAAAUCAGUGCUCAAGAGUCUUAAUUUUAAGGCAGCACAAAAGUGCAUUAUGGCAGUGGUUCUCAACGUGUCGUCUUUGGACCCACAAAAGUCGUCAUAAAAGAGCAUUUCAGCAUAAACUCAGGACAAUGAAUAGUCAAAAAGUCAAACUGGUUGUGCCUAAUUUGUCAGUAUACUGACGACAGUAACAGUAAAUGUUAUGUUUUAAGCGAUAAUCAAAGGGAUAAAGUUUUAAAAAAGAAGUGUGAAAAAGAGAUGAAAGGGUCUUCUGUAAAUAUGAACAUUAGGCUUGGGCUGAUAUUUGAUAAUAUCGAAAAUCGAGUUUUGCAGUUGUGCACAGUCUGCCCUGCUGCUGAGUCCAACCUUCAUUUUAAUGCUUUGCUUACUGACAAAUAGAAUUAUGUUUUAUAUAUAAAAAAAAAUGAAACAUGAAAUAGUCCAAUAUAAUUAUAUCAUUAAAAAAUCCCCCCUUGCUUCCAAAAUAAAAUUCCCCCCGAAUAUUGCAAUAUUUGGGCGGGACUGUAUCGAGAUAAUACAUUUUACAGUACAGUACAGCCAAGUCUAAUGAACAUUAACCAAUCACCCUUGUAUCUGUUGACAGUUUUUGGCUCAGUUGAUUGGUUGAUUGAUUUGUUGAUUUUGUAGUAGCCUGCAGGUCAUGCAAAAUAUCUGUAUGUUGUAGACAGAUAACCUCAACUGUGCUGAAUGUGAACAGGAACAUUUCACUUUGCACUAUCAUGUUUUCUCUAUAGUGUAUGUGCAUGAAUAGAUAAUAUGAUUCAAGGCCAAUUUAUGCUCUAAUUAAAAAGCCUUUUCAACUGUCCAAAAUCUUUAAACGGCAAUCUGACAAGCAACUAAAGCCAUGAGGGGACACUUCAAAGUUUUAACCAUUGUGAUAAGAAAGCUUCAGACACAUGAUUUGCUUUACAAGAGAAAAUCACCACAAUGCAUAGGCUAUAGUAAAUUAAUAUAUUCAAACAGGGCUGUUACAGCAUCAGUUUUUAAAACAUGCCAUGGAAAGAUUUUUACAUGUAGGACCACAGAAAGAAGAUAUGACAACUGCUACAUGAGAAUGUCUACUAAAGGCUGUAGGCCUACUUGUAAUUAGUUACUCUGCACUCUUGGAUGCUAUUUUUAGGAUGUAGGCUGGAAAUGUGCAUGAAAUCAGCACUUCCCUGCUCUAAACUUAGCCUACAGUUUGGUCAGUAAAUUGUAAAUAGUGUGACCUCAAUAAAAAUCUAGUUGCAAAUGAAA